ACGUCACUUCCGGUAGCGAAGCAGUGAAAACCGGAAGCCGCACGCGCUGAGGGGAAGCAGCGAGCGCCGAGGCUGAGUUUGCUAUGGGACGGCGGAGAGCGGCCGGUAGCGCGUCGCUGGGCCGGGCCCUUAUCCGCCAUCAGACCCAGCGGACCCGAAGCCACCGUCACUCUGACUCCUGGUUGCACACAAGUGAACUCAAUGAUGGCUAUGAAUGGGGUCGUCUUAAUCUUCAGUCAGUGACUGAGCAGAGCUCCCUUGAUGACUUUCUUGCAACUGCAGAACUUGCAGGGACAGAGUUUGUAGCUGAGAAGCUUAACAUUAAGUUUGUGCUCCCUGAGGCUAGAACUGGACUGCUGUCUUUCGAGGAAAGUCAGAGAAUUAAGAAACUCCACGAGGAGAACAGGCAGUUCUUGUGUAUACCCAGGAGACCAAAUUGGGACAAAAAUACUAGUCCAGAAGAACUCAAACAAGCAGAGAAAGAUAACUUCCUGAAAUGGAGGCGUCAACUUGUCCGGCUAGAAGAGGAACAAAAGUUGAUGCUGACUCCAUUUGAACGCAACUUGGACUUUUGGCGCCAGCUCUGGAGGGUCAUUGAGAGAAGUGAUAUUGUGGUCCAGAUAGUAGAUGCUCGAAACCCUCUCCUGUUUAGAUGUGAGGAUUUGGAAUGUUACGUGAAAGAGAUUGAUGCCAAUAAGGAGAACGUAAUUCUGAUAAACAAAGCAGACUUGUUGACUGAGGAGCAGCGCAGUGCCUGGGCCACAUACUUUGAGAAGGAAAAUGUGAAGAUUAUCUUCUGGUCAGCUUUGGCAGAAUCCAUUGAACUGAAUGCUCCCUCCAAGGAACAAGCACACAGAGAUGCUGAAGAAGCCAGUGCAGCUGAGUCUGAAAGCUCCAGCUUGGAUGGGAAUGAAAUUUCACACAGUGAAACCCACCAUCUCCCAGGCUGUGGUUCUCCCUCCCCUAGUGAUGAAGACGACAGUGAAUAUGAAGACUGUCUAGAAGAGGGAGAGGAUGAGGAGGACUGGCAGACAUGUUCAGAAGAGGACAGCAACCCUGAUGAGGAGCCCUGUGCUGAGAACAGCACUGUGGACUCUGAGGCUCAGGGAAACAAGACCCCACCGAGGAGACAGAUACACAACUUUAGCCAUCUGGUAUCAAAGCAGGAAUUACUAGAACUCUUUAAACAGCUACACACUGGGAAGAAGGUGAAAGAUGGUCAACUUACUGUUGGAUUGCAUUUACUCGUUUACGUUUGCCAGAACAUUCCAAGACGUGUUUUAGAAGCUACCUAUGGUAUUAGUAUCAUAAAACCUAGAGAAGACGAAGAUCCUCAUCGACCUCCAACCUCAGAAGAACUAUUAACAGCUUAUGGAUGUAUGCGAGGAUUCAUGACAGCACAUGGACAGCCAGACCAGCCUCGAUCUGCACGCUAUAUCCUAAAGGAUUAUGUCAAAGGUAAACUCCUGUACUGUCAUCCUCCUCCCGGAAGAGAUCCUGUGACAUUCCAGCAUCAACAUCAGCGACUCCUGGAGAGUAGAAUGAAUGAUGACGAGAUAAAAAUGCAGCCCAGGGGAAAUAAAAAAGCAAAGCAGAUUGAAAAUGCAGUUGACAAGACUUUUUUCCAUCAAGAGAAUGUCAGAGCUUUGACCAAGGGAGUCCAGGCAGUGAUGGGUUAUAAGCCUGGGAGUGGCCUGGUGACUCCAGCUACUGUGAGCGCUGAGAAUGGGGCUGGGAAGCCCUGGAAAAAACAUGGCAACAAAAAUAAAAAAGAAAAGAGUCGUAGACUCUACAAGCACCUGGACAUGUGAACAUGGGCAGCAGCAGAAACGGCACCUCCACAGUGCAGAUAAGACAGACUGCUGGUCUCCUGCGGAACACAUCCAUAGCCCUGGAGUGCAAGGUGCUCGUGGGGAGCGCAGUGGCUUCUCACAGUUGACAUCCAGCCUGGGCAGCUCCUCAAAACACCAACCUUGACUACAGUUGUCACCACAGAGCCCCAGAAACCUAGUCCUGUUGGAGGCUAAAGAUGAAUCAUGUGGCUUUGUUCCUGUAAACAUGCACACAAAUGCAUACCAACUUGUGAGUCAGGGGAAUGUUUUUGAAAAGAUAAUAACAUUCAAUUGCCACUAACUGAUGUUCUCAUUGGUUUAAGUAAAUAAACUGCCAUUUGCACAUA